AUGAAAGCAUUUUUCAUUGUCUGCAAUGUUGUCGUUAUCUCAUCGGAUCUACAAAUCGGUAAUUACCCGAACAUAACGGACAGCGGACAGUGCGGUAUUGGUCGCCAAUCAUUGUUGAUGGCCGCCGACGAUGAUGACCACCAGUGUUUCCGUUUGCAUAGUAGUCGACGCCAAUUGUUACCGGCUAUUGUAAACGGUAGACCCGUCCAAACGGGACAGUUUCCAUACAUUGUCUAUAUAGCCAUUUGGGAUAUUAAUCGAUACGAUAAUUCAAGUCUAAGACAGAAAGCCACCUGUACGGGUAGUAUACUCAAUGAACAAUGGAUAGUAACGGCUGCCCAUUGUUUUCGUCAACAAUGUUACCGACCGGGUGGUUGUCUUCAUAGGAUAUACCCGGGUAUUAUCCGACGAUCGGAACCGGGUUUGGACUAUGGAUACAAACAACUAAUUAUACACGAAAACUAUACAACCGAUGGUAACUAUACGGUGGAUAUAGUGUUAGUCAAACUGAAUCGGUCGAUAAAUUUUACGGCAAAUAUUAUCGGCGGUGACGACAAUAGCGGUCACUAUCGACGGUUAAACAGUAUAUGUUUGCCGGCACCGGCAGCACCUGUAGGUAACCAAACGACAACUAGCCAGCACUGGGAGUAUGCAGUAAUGGCUGGGUUUGGUGUACUAUUGGACGGCAGCGAAACCGAUAGUUUACAAUCGGGUUGGACUCGUAUACCACCACUUGAACAACAGUCAGUGGACAGUCAGCUUAUUGUCAUACCAUCCGAGUAUCCAUUUCCUGGGGGAACCUAUCCAUGUUAUGGUGAUUCUGGCGGUCCAUUAGUCCAGUAUGUCAGGGGUAGGGCUGUCCUAAUUGGUUUCAUAGUAGCCAUUGAUAAUAUAGGUCUAAUAGACGGCACCUGUCAGACACUCAACGAUGACGAACCCAUAGUCAUGAUGUUUGUCCGGUUGAUGGCUAAACUCGAUUGGAUUCAAACCAAUAUUUAUGGAAAUAAUUAA